GGUGAUGGGAAGGGGGGAGGGAAGACGCUCCAUUUCGCUCUCUGCAGCCCAGCACAGGGUGAAGCCUGAGCGCUCGAAUGGCCAACACCACAGUGCUGAACACCUCAGAAGUCGCCGUCUCGGCAGGGUUGAUCCUGGCGGCUGUCGUGGAGGCAGCAGCACUGCUGGGCAACGGCGCGCUGCUGGUCGUGGUGCUGCGUACCCCAGGACUGCGUGACACGCUCUACCUGGUGCACCUGUGCGUCGUGGACCUGCUGGCGGCCGCCUCCAUCAUGCCGCUGGGCCUGCUGGCCGCGCCACCGCCCGGGCUGGGCCGCGUGCGCCUGGGCCCCGCGCCGUGCCGCGCCGCGCGCUUCCUCUCGGCGGCGCUGCUCCCCGCCUGCACGCUCGGGGUGGCCGCGCUCGGUCUGGCGCGCUACCGCCUCAUAGUGCACCCGCUGCGGCCGGGCGCGCGGCCUCCGCCGGGCCUGGUGCUCACGGCCGUGUGGGCCGCCGCGGGGCUGCUGGGCGCGCUCUCCCUGCUCGGGCCGCCUCCCGCACCACCCCCGGCUCCACCGCGCUGCUCCGUCCUGGCCGGUGGCCUCGGGCCCUUCCGGCCGCUCUGGGCGCUGCUGGCCUUCGCGUUACCGGCCCUCCUGCUGCUCGGCGCCUACGGCGGCAUCUUCCUCGUGGCCCGCCGUGCGGCCCUGCGGCCCCCGCGGCCCGCGCGCGGCUCCCGGCCGCGCUCCGACUCUCUGGAUAGCCGCCUCUCCAUCUUGCCACCCCUCCGGCCUCGCCUGCCUGGGGGCAAAGCAGCCCUGGCCCCAGCCCUGGCCGUGGGUCAGUUCGCAGCCUGCUGGCUGCCCUAUGGCUGUGCGUGCCUGGCGCCCGCUGAGCAAGCCGCAGUGGCUGAGGCGCCCGUCACCUGGGUGGCCUACUCGGCCUUCGCGGUUCACCCCUUCCUGUAUGGCCUGCUACAGCGCCCCGUACGCCGGGCACUGGGCCGCCUUGCCCGCCGGGCUCUGCCCCAACCCCCGCGGGCCUGUACUCUCCGGGCCUGGCACCUGCCGACAUUUCUGCAGCACCUCCAGGGACCUUCAUUGGGCCCUGCCCUAGGCCCUCCUGGGGCACCAGAACAAGCCCCAGAUUUGCCAGAAGGGGAGAACCUGAGCAUGACAGGGGCCACCUGA